AUGUGCCACGAGGUCAUCACCAUCGCUCUCUGCGCUCCUACCAAGGCGCCGUCGCUGUCUUUCACUUGCGGCAAACUUCACAUGAUUGCCCAGCAGCGCCACGUCUGCGAUCGUGCCCGCGGCUCGUGUGUGUGCUUUUUUGGCACUUGCGGCACCGUCGAGAAGAAUGCCAGCACCUCUGGUAUUGACCUCUCUGCCAUCGAGAAGAUCCGCUGCGCGGAGUGUACGACCCGCGAGGACAAUGUUGGCGACCGGCGCGACGCCAAACAGAUCAUCGAAUCGCCGCUACUUCAGCGCAUUCCUAUCGAGCCCACAGAUGACUUCGUCAACAAGAAGCACUCUGCUAUGCUCCAUGAGCUCUGGGGCGGCGCGAGAACUUGCCCCUUCCACCUUCAACCUGACAGACCUCGCCAACCCUCCGCCUCCACUGUCAACGUCCAGACCAAGCGCUUUGACGAACGACCAGUCACGCCCCAGACCAACGAUGAGUCUGUCACCAAGUCUCACUCCAUGAGCCGCGACAGUGUCGAUAAGGGAUGGACCUCCCAGGCGGCGACCAACAACAGCUCCAAGAGCAAGCUCUCGCGCAAGUCCAGUGCGUCCCCUACUGGAAUUGCCAGUGUAGACUCGGCCGUUGGACUGGGCUCGAGCCGAUGGGCUCCAAAGAACCUCGAGGAGGCGGCCGCGCGCUCGGUCAAGAAUCAAUCUCCUCCCACACAGAAGCGACCUUCUCCCCUACAGAAGCAAUCUUCACCUCCCUCACAGAAGCGAAUUGUCCCAGCUGCCGCUCCUGUCUUUGUCGCCGACCCUGGCAAUGCUUCCAAGGUCCGCCAUGCGACCAAGAAGAUGGCCAACAUGAAGGCCUUUCUCAGUGGUACUCCCAUGUUUUGA